GAAUGCACCGAUUCCAAAGUUGCUGUAGCAACCGUUGGUGCGCCAGGAUUUUGCUGAGCCAUUGGGACAUGUUUUGGGGGUAGCAGAUGGACUAAACUCGCAUUUUGGAUUGUGCUGCUAUAUUUUACUUGGUGGAUUUCAUUGUCAUUAUUAGAGAAGGUGUUGCCUGCAGUGUUAUUCCAUUGACUAGCGAUCGCGAAAUGACACUAGUUAAUCCUCGAAAGGCGACAUGGCAUUACCUUCCUGUUUUUGUUGAUGUUUAGUAAGGCUGUAGUAGACCACUAAAUGAAAUUUUAAUUUCUAUAACGUGACCAUAAGAUGAAGAUGUCGGCCAUCAACAGCCUUGUUCCUGCGCGGUUUCUGACCAUCAUAGCUCAUCUUGUGAUUGUGAUCACCAUCUUUUGGACGAGGGAAUAUAACGUGGAGGCUUGCUUGCCUUUGGAGUUCACGCAAGAGCAAUACAACAGGGAGGACUUAAAGUUAGUGGUAGGGCUAUCUGUCACACUUGUGUUGUUUGCAAUUGAGCUGGCUGGCUUUUUCUCAGGAGUGUCCAUGUUCAAUGCCUGCCAAGGCCUUCUGUCACUGACAGUCCACUGCAGCGCAUCCGUCUCUUUGUCUUAUUUUGUGUUUGAGAAGUGGGAGUGCUGGACAUAUUGGAUUAUUUUUGCCCCCUGCAGUUUGCUGCCUGCCUUAUUGGAGAUUCUUCUGUUCAUUGCUGUUUUUGGACUGGCGAAGAAACCAUUAUGAAAGACCUCUCAAGUGUUUAAUUCCACAAGCUAUCAUGAAUGUGGGCACAGAAUACAGAAGGCAUUUUUUGUGAUCAAUUUAUCAUGUUCACUUGGAGGUAACGGGUAGCCUCAUGAGAACAUUUGAGAGAUUUGGGUCUAGCAUUUCUGGAUAUGGUUUGCAUGUUCUCAUACUCAUGUGGAUUUUCUUCAGGUACUUGUCUUCCACUCACAUUCAUAAAACAUGCACAGGCUCGUGGAAGUGUGUGUAAAUGGUAGUCUUCAGGUGUACUUAUACAGUAGAAAUUGAGAGAAUGAGGAUAGAUUUUUAUAUGCACAAAUUGCAUUGUUGUAGAACUUUUGCUGUGACUAUUGCAGAAAUGAUUUUUUUUUUUUUUUUUUUUUUUUUUACAUUUUAAUAAAAAUAAUGUUUGAAUUCAAAUGUUUUUUCAUUUGGUUAAUGUAUUUGUUUGUUUAUAUUUCAUAAUUUAAUGUCUUAUGUGUGUGAUGGGUUUUGUCAUGCCCUGUGAUAAGCUGGGAGUUAAUUCAGGGUGUACCCCGCCCAAUUGCCAUAGUUAGCUUGGAUAGUCUCCAGCACCCCCACGACCCCCGUGAGAAUAAGUAGAACGGAAAAUGAACUAGAAAAUGCAAUUUCUGAAUAACAUCUAGGUUGUAAUAAUUAAUAUCUGUAUAAUUUUUUUCUUUUUUUUUAAAUAACUGUGUUAUAUUUAUGUUGAUCAUGAUAAGCAUUAUUCCAUAAUAUA